CGGAGGGUCAUGACGCGCUCCGGACGCGCGGGGAUUUUACGCACGGAAUGACUGGGAAUCAUCGAUAAAUGGGGGCCGUGAAAUGGAAAACACGUCAGCGGGUGCUGAUUUUACUCUGGGUUUUGUCGUCUUCAGGUGUUUUUAGCUUUAGUGAGUUGUCGUUCACCAUCGAGCCCAAGGACGUGACGGCGUCUCACGGUCAGCGUGUUAUUUUGGACUGUCAGGCUCAAGGAGAGUCGCCCAUCGCCCUGCGAUGGAGGAAGAACGGCGUCCAGCUGCACGAGAGCGGCCGCGUGCGCGUCCUGUCCAACGGGUCGCUCUGCAUCACCAGUUCAGCGCAAUCAGAUGAGGGCUUUUACCAGUGUCUCGCACAGAACCGAUACGGAGCCGUCCUGAGCCAAAGAUCCCGUCUUACAAUCACAAAUGUCUUGUUGUUUGUUGCUCACCCUGUCCUUGCUGAAGUCACGCUGGGAUCCGUGGCCAGAUUCUCCUGUGCCGUCAGUGGAUCAACACCAGCGGUUAUCAGCUGGGAACACAACCAAAGAUCUCUACCUCUGGAUUCAGACAGAAUCACUAUUUUGCCAAAUGGAGUGCUGCAGAUCUGCGAUGUGACAAUGAGGGAUGUUGGGAAUUAUCGCUGCUUAGCCACAAACAUGGCCAGUCGAGUCAGGAGCCGAGAGGCCGAGCUGAUCAUCAUCCCAGCAUUGGGUCCGAGGGCUCUCAUGAAACCACAUAUCAUAGCAGGACCGCAGAACAUCAGUGUUGGGCUGCAUAGAUCUGUGGUCCUGGAAUGUUUGGCGGAGGGAAACCCUCGGCCGCUCGUGUCCUGGAGCCGGGCCGACUCUAAACCCAUAGACGUGUCCGGAGCCAGAGUGCUGGGAAACGGGAACCUGAUUAUCUCUGCCGUCAAAGCUCAGCACAGCGGCACGUACCUGUGCCGGGCGACGACCCCGGGAACACGCAACUACACCAUAGCGGCCGGAAACCUCACCGUACUUGUUCCUCCGACUCUAGUGGAGAAACCAGAGAGUCAGACCCGACCCAGAGCUGGUACGGCCCGUUUCAGCUGUCAGGCCGAAGGGACACCUGCUCCCCGAAUCACCUGGUUUAAGAACGGUCAGGUGAUCCACUCCAACGGACGUACCAAGAUGUACAAUAAUAAACUGGUGAUAACCCAGAUCAUUCCAGAAGAUGACGCCUUUUACCAGUGCCAAGCGGAGAACUCUCAAGGUUCAGUUGUGUCCACGUCCCGUCUCAUUGUGGUGCUGUCAGAGGACCGUCCCAGCGCUCCACGUAAUGUCCAUGCAGAAACCAUCUCGAGCUCAGCCAUCUUACUGGCAUGGGAAAGACCACAGUACAACGCGGAUAAAGUCAUUGCCUACUCCAUACACUACAUGAAGUCUGAGGGUUUAAACAACGAAGAGUAUCAGGCUGUGAUCGGGAAUGACACAACCAGCCACAUCGUGGACGAUCUGGAGCCAGCGCGAAACUACACAUUUUAUAUCGUUGCCUACAUGCCGAUGGGCGCCAGUCGCAUGUCAGAGCAGGUCACGCAGCACACGCUGGAGGAUGUUCCCCUCCGUACCCCUGAGUUGAGCCUGACGAGUCGCAGUCCCACCGACAUCCUGGUGUCCUGGCAGCCGCUUCCUCCCAAACUCAGCCGCGGACGAGUGUCUGCGUACCGUCUAUCCUAUCGUACAGCCACGGACGACCAGGUUAUCUCCGUUGAGCUGCCCGUCCCGAGUGAGAACUGCACCCAGUACCUUCUGCAGGGUCUGCAGCCCGACACCAUUUACCUGAUCCGCAUGUCUGCAUCGACCCGAGUGGGCUGGAGCCAACCGUCCGCCUGGAACUCCCAUCGCACGCCCAAAACAUCCAGCACCACAGUGCCUCCCGCCCCAAACCUUGAGCUUGAACCUCUGAACUGCACCUCGGUGAUGGUCCGCUGGCAUCCGGCUGCCAGCGAUGCUGUCGUCCUGGGAUACAAGCUGUCUUUUCACCCAGACGGCCAAUCAGAGGACUCGGUUCUCCAGCUGCCCCCACAUGACCACCAGCACCCCAUCACAGGACUCAACCCCAGAGUGAAAUACCAUGUGAAACUGCUAGCGUUUAGUGCUAAUGGAGACGGCUAUCAGGCCCAUCAGACGGUCAACACUCCAGGAUGUCCUUCCGCACCAAACCGACGUUUGGCCGCUCUGCCGCCUCCCGACCACAUCGAUGCUAAAGCUAACAGCUCCUCUGCAGUGAGUCUGAGCUGGGGCCGUCCAGCGUUCAGUUCUGGGAAACCCGUCAGUUAUUCCGUCCGCUACGGACCCGUGAGCCCGUCCGACGCCUCGACCGUACGCUACGUCCAAACCACUGAGCAAACCGUUAUGGUAACAGGUCUCCGGCCAAACACACGUUAUGAGUUUUCAGUGCGUCUUCAUAUGGAUCAGAUGUCCAGUCCCUGGAGCGCCACCGUCUAUCAGAGGACUCUACUGGAAGCUCCAUCGUCUCCGCCGCUGUCCGUCAGAGUGAGUCUGAUCGAGGACGACACGGCGCUGGUGUCGUGGAAGCAGCCAGAUCAGCCCAACCUGUCCGUCACGCACUACACCAUCCUGUACGCCUCGCAGAGCUCGUGGAUCGCUGGAGAAUGGCAGGUUCUUCAGAGAGAAGGCACAAACACGAUGGCUCUUCUGGAGAAGCUAGAGUCGGGUAACAUCUACCUGGUGAAGAUCUCAGCCUCUAACCAGGCGGGUGAUGGUCCGUUCUCCAGCACCGUAGAGCUGCUGGUCAGGAGUAAAAUACACCAGGGAAAAAACCCACGUCACACCGACAACCACGCUGAGAAAACAGCGUUUAUAGACGGCCUGUACCACAUCGAUGAGAAGUCCAUGACGGGUAUCAUCGUUGGCGUGUGUAUCGCUCUCUCCUGUAUCAUCCUCUGCAUCUUCAUCCUCCUCACCAAGAGCAAAACACACAGGAAAUCAGCUUCCUCAAAGAUGAUUGGACAGGUGAGAAAUGAUGUUGUGCGUAGUGGACCGUCAUUAGCCAAUCAGCAGCGGACGGAGAACGCAGAGGUUCUGCUGCCGAUGAUGAGGACUCACUUCAUUGAUGCCAAAGGAGGAACAAAUUUGAUGAUAAACCACACCGGACCCAUAAUGAGUGAAGCUCAGAACAAAAGGAGAAACAAAUGGAGCAUUUUUAACAAUAAUCCAAAGUCUAAUGGAAAUAAAAGCAACCAGGUUGAGGAUCCGGCUCGUCUUUAUGAAGUAGGGAAGACGGUUCUGUGUUACGAGGACGAGCAGUCACGCGUUUGUCGUCCUCUCGGGGAGUCGGAGAGUUCACAGACCAGCGGCGGAGACUCUGGAAACUUCUCUCACGACGAGACGGAAACCGCCAGUCCCAACAGAUCCUCAUACAGGUCCGACGACAGCGAAACGUUACCAGACGCCGCCGCUCAAAACGGAUGCGUCGUGAGCGUCUGCGCGCAAAUUCCAGACGACGCGCCACCGAAAUCUCCCUCCCGCCUUCAGUUCGUACCGCUUUAA